AGGCUCAGGCGCCCCGCCCGGCCCCGACAGUCUUUCGUAAGACGGGGUGUGGGGGGGAUUUGGAUCCCCUGGAGCUGGAAAGGUGUCAUGGAGAUUUUCCUCUUUCUUGUGGGAUACUUUGUGCAGUUCGGUGCAUCUUGCAUCUUGCUGUACAAGAUCUGGAAGCACAAGUCCAUCUAUGGACUAAGUAUCGACACCCAGGCUGCCUACCUGCUGGCGUCUGUCUCGAGAUGUGUGUGGUCCAUGGAGACGAGGCUAGUGGAGACGAAGUUUGCUUAUUUAGAGCUCUGCCUUUCCACCGCCGUGGCGGUGGGCCUUAGUUUCAUGUGCUACCAAUUUUUGCACACUGCGCCCAAGCAGUCUACUCCGUUCCUGAGAGUGUAUGCGACAUGCCCUGCAGCGCUGGUUCUGGCCUUCUUCUUUCAUCCUGGCGAUGAGUGGUUUAGCAUGCAGAUCUGGGUUUCCUACACCAUGUUUCAGGAGGCGAUGGGACUGCUCCCGCAGCUUUGGCUCAUGCGGAAGAUGCACGAGGUGGAGCCGCUGACGUCUCACUACGUGGGACUCAUCGUUGUGGCGCGGUUUAUCCGGAUGUGCUUCUGGGGGAAGAUGUACUUCUUGGGGGAGCACUUUCUUCAGCUCUUCUUUGCAGAUGUCCUCCACACCCUGCUAUCGGCAGACUACAUGUACUUGUGGUGCAGGAAGCUGCAGUACGGAGGUCGUCUCAUCUACAGCCAAAGCGCGGCUUGAUGGAUGCAGACUACAGGCGGGUGGGGGCGGCUGGUUCACAAUCUCCAAGCAGGGCGAAGGCAGAAGCUUGCAGCAUUAUGCAGCAGCUGUGGCCGAGCGCGUGGCAUUUCGCAAGUCGUUGCC